AUGAGUACAAUAUUGGAGAAAAUUGCGGCUAUAGAGUCCGAGAUGGCUCGAACGCAAAAAAAUAAAGCCACAGCACUUCAUUUAGGUCUACUUAAAGCCCGGUUAGCUAAAUUAAGGCGAGAACUCAUCACUCCCAAGGGUGGCGGCGGUGCGACGGGCGAAGGUUUCGAUGUCGCCAAAACUGGUGAUGCCCGUAUCGGGUUUGUAGGGUUUCCGUCUGUAGGGAAAUCUACAUUGCUAUCUAACCUGGCUGGAGUGUACUCAGAAGUGGCAGCAUACGAGUUCACAACCCUGACAACAGUCCCGGGGUGUAUCAAGUAUAAGGGAGCUAAGAUUCAGCUGCUCGAUCUCCCUGGUAUUAUUGAAGGUGCUAAAGACGGCAAGGGUCGUGGUCGUCAAGUAAUCGCCGUCGCCAGAACAUGCAGUCUUAUAUUCAUAGUACUUGAUGUACUAAAGCCAUUGCAGCACAAGAAACUCAUUGAACACGAGUUGGAAGGCUUCGGACUGAGGUUAAACAAACAACCACCGAACAUACAUUUUAGGAAAAAAGAUAAGGGUGGAAUUAAUUUGAAUACUACUUGCCCACAAACUGAGUUGGACAUAGAAACAGUGAAGACAAUUCUAUCAGAAUACAAAAUUCACAAUGCUGACAUAACUCUCCGGUACGAUGCUAACAGUGACGACCUGAUUGAUGUGAUUGAAGGAAACCGAGUGUACAUGCCUUGUAUUUAUCUACUCAAUAAGAUUGAUCAAAUCAGCAUAGAAGAAUUGGACGUUAUUUACAAGAUACCUCAUUGCGUACCCAUCUCUGCUCAUCACAAAUGGAAUUUCGAUGACUUAUUGGAAAAGAUGUGGGAAUAUCUGAAGCUUAUUAGGAUAUACACCAAGCCUAAAGGACAGCUGCCUGACUAUAAUGCGCCUGUGGUAUUGCAUGCGGACCGCACCAGCGUUGAAGAUUUCUGUAACAAACUCCAUAGGUCCAUUGUAAAGGAAUUUAAAUAUGCUCUUGUCUGGGGGUCUUCUGUAAAGCAUCAGCCGCAGAAAGUUGGUAUCGACCACGUGCUAUCCGACGAAGAUGUUGUUCAAAUCGUGAAGAAAGUCUAA